AUGCGGCCCCAGGACAGGCUCCGGCCCCAAGCCAGUGGGGCCAAGACGCUGCAGCGCCAGCAGCCGGAGACAAAGACCCCCAGCGAGACUUUGCAGCUGCUGGGGGCCAGGGCCAAGGCGCUGGGGCCAGUGCACCAGCCACCCUGUGUGCAGCCGCAGCCCACCUCCAGCGGCCCCAGCAGCAUGCCCAGGGCCCGGCCGACGCUGCCAGGCUCCAGCGCUGCGCCCGCUGCCCCCCAGCCCCCAGCUGGCCACAAGGCCCAGGCGCUGCCGGCACCACCAGGCAGCACGGCGCCAGCAUGGAGAGCUCCCCUAGAGCCGGCGCCCAGAGCGCUGGGCCUGCCAGCCGUGGGGGGCCAAGCGCAGAGUCCGGCUCUGCCCACGCAGCCACGCACACUGCAGCAUCCGGCGCAGCCCCACGUGGACUACGUGUCCUGCGUGGAGCCCUGGGCAGGCCGCGACGCGGCGCCCACGCCGCUGGAGGAGCAGGAGGAAUCGGUGCCCAUCACGCCGCAGCAGCGUUCCGAGCGGGAGCGCCUGAAGAAGCUGGCCCAGGAGGAGCGGCAGCGGGCAGCCCACCAGACGAAGAUCGGCCCCCGUGCAAUUCUUCGUGCAGCGGCAGAAGGACCACGCCAGAGCCUACUCUUACGGCUACCC